GUUAGCAUUACCGAGCAGGGUGCUCCGUCCACCAGCACCGUCAGCUGAAAAGCAUGGAUACCAGAAAAGGAGUCUUUCCUUCAUCUCCUAAAUGCUAAGUUGAUGCCCUUCCCUAGAAGUCUUUCCAUUAAUUAAGUUGGCCUGAAGGUCAUAAACCAUGAUCGAUAUGGAGGCUGGUUGCUGCAAGGUGCUAAUUGACAUCCCCAAAGAGGAAUAGUGUCAACAAUCAAUAGAGAAGAGCAGGACACUGGUAGACUCAUGGCUUUGAUUUUUGAAAAGGUAUGGGAAUGCCCUGUGAUGUUUUCCCCCCGUACUCCUUUUGAAUGUUAAUGCUUUCUUGAAGAUGAUUUCAGACACACUGCUAGGAUACUGCCUCUACUCACUGAAGCAGAAUUCUCUGAAGAGUUGCUGAGGCAGAACCGAAAUCAUGGCUUGCCUCAGAGAAGCAGCUGUAUUGGCCGCUAAUGAUGCCUCACACAGAAAGACGAUGCUCCUUUAACUCGGGGUUUUAAUGGGAAGUUUCUAAGCCUGAAACAACAGCUUUAGCUCUGGGGUGUGCCAUCAGCUGCUUGCAGCUACCACUGCCUACUGCUUUCUCACAGCCUGGUCGGGAAGAAUGGAAACUAAGGAGGCUUGUAACUACCUGUAACUGUUCCACCAGGAAAUGGAUCAAGUGUUUGUUCAGCCAGCUCCAGGCUCUCCAAGGUGCAGCCACCAUGAUCUCGGCAGGCUGAUGAUGGAAGAGAAAGAAGCCGGGAGACCCUGUGCUCCAGCAUCCCUGGACAAUGGAUGGAGGACAGCCAGUCCCUUCUCCUCUGUUGCCCCUUGGGAACGUGUCAUCAGAUUCUAGCAUGUCUCUGGAGCAGAAAACCACAUUUGUUUUUGUGAUUUUGUUGUUUAUUUUCUUGGGCAUCCUCAUCGUCAGGUGCUUCCGGAUUCUUUUGGACCCAUAUCGGAGCAUGCCAACCUCGACCUGGGCUGACGGACUUGAAGGCCUGGAGAAAGGGCAGUUUGACCAUGCCCUUGCUUAGCAGGAUAGAAGCAGGAGUCCAUACUGAGGAAGAGAAGUGCUUUGUGUCUCAGUGAGAGGUUUCCUUUAGUCACCGUUCUCAGCAACUCAAAGUCUUCACCCUAUCUGGUUCUAGAACCACAAUCCAUUUAUUCAGUAAACAUUUGAGGACAUUGGAAAUGGAGGUUUCUAUUACCAAUGCAAAAUAGGAAAGUUUCAGUUUCGACAUUUACUCAAUGAAUGAAUAUUCUUGAAUGUGUGUGAUGAUGAAGUCAAGAGUACCAAUAGUGACUUUGCCUGAAAUGAGGCCCUACUGGACCUGGGGGGCUGGACUAGGUCACCAGGAAGACAGACCUGGUUUGAAUCUGAAGGCAGAGCCAGAACAGACUUCCUUGCUCUAAUUUUGUCCCCCAGCUUGUUUUAUUUUCAUGGGAAUCUGGGUCCUGGGCAGAGAAUGAGGAGGAUGCUGCUGAGUGGAUGGACCCACAGCAGGUACUUGUUGUCUCCUAAAGCUAAGAACAAUGGGAGGCAAUUGGGAAUGCUUAGAAGAAGUGAUUGAUCCCUGGGAAAUAUGAGUGAGGAUGAUAUUAUUUUACUUUUCAAAUAAAAUGAAUUCAAAGGCUUGUGGAGGUUUGCAAACUAUUUACUAGGCCAAGUGCAUUCUAUGUAUUCAUAUUAAUAACAUGAGUAGAGGUAGUGAUACAUAAUCUGAAUUUACUUUCUUUGCACAAUUGAUCGAAAUAAUAGGUGGCUAUUUCAAGUUGCGCUUUUUUUUUUUUUCAAUAAAAAGCUAACUGUUUGGAGGAGAAGACAUUUAUAGUCUUAAGAAGAAUGUAUGCUUAUGACUGAUAUAGAAACCAAAUAAAACUUUUCAAGAAACA